UGACAUUUUCGGAUAUGUUUUGUUUAAUGAUCUGAUAAAUAUUUCGACAAAAAUAAGUUUUUGUAAAGUAAUCAUGGGCAUAAUAUUCGGUAAAAGAAAACCCCCAUCAAGAGUGACCCAACAUGAUAGAGCUGUACUUCAAUUGAAACAACAGAGAGAUAAGUUGAAACAGUACCAAAGACGGAUAGAAAUAGCAUUAAAUUUAGAUAGGGAGUUAGCUAAAAGUCUUAUAGCUAAAGGACAGAAAGAUCGAGCAAAACUUCUACUUAAAAAAAAACGGUUCCAAGAACAGUUAUUGAUGAAAACUGAUGGACAACUUCAGAAUUUAGAACAACUCACUCAUGACAUUGAGUUUGCUCAGAUAGAGUUGCAAGUUGUUGAGGGACUGAAACAAGGUAGUGAAGCACUCAAAAAAGUUAAUGAUGCUUUGAACAUAGCUGAUAUUGAAAAAAUUAUGGAUGAUACUCGCGAAGGAAUGGAAAAACAACAGGAAAUAAAUGCGAUUAUCAGUGGUAAUUUGACUGAGGAAGAUGAAGAAGCAGUGGAUGAAGAAUUUGCAGCAAUGUUGAUUGAACAGAUGCCUGAGGUUCCAGAAAAUAAUGUGACAGAAGAACCGUCUUUGCCUGAAGUACACACUGAACCAAUUGAAGAUGCUGUUGAAAAAUCAAAGUCAAAAAAGAAAAAGGUGGAAGAACCAGUUGCGCUAGAAGCUUAACAUGAGAUUGGAAGAACUUUUUUUAUCCUUGUAAUUAUCUGUUUAUGAAUUGAAAUGCAGAUAUUUGUAUGUUUAUACUUGUAUGUUUAGUUAAUGAAGAAAGUUACGUUAGAAA